UUUUUUAUGAAUUCAAAUAGCCCGAACGACAGCGAUUGACAGCCAGCGGGUCGAAGAGCUUUUCUGUCCAUCGUGCAUUUGCUGAAUUUAUAAAAUCAAAUUAGGGCAAUUCCUAAUCAGAAACAAUGUCAUUGACUAAAACCAAUAUGCUGGUGCGAUCCCUGAGCACUUCGUCCGCUGCUGCUCAGCUCGUGAAGCCUCCUGUACAAGUCUUUGGUUUGGAGGGUAGAUAUGCGGCCGCUUUGUACUCGGCGGCCUCCAAAAAGAAGUCUUUAGAUCCUGUUGAGAAGGAACUUGCCGCGUUCCAGCAAAACAUGAAGAGCGAUGCCAAACUGAAGGAGUUCAUUAUUAACCCGACCUUGAAGAGGGCUCUUAAGGUGGAGGCUCUUAAACAUGUGGCAACCAAGAUCAACCUGUCCCCAACGACAGGCAACCUCUUGUGCUUGCUGGCUGAGAAUGGCCGCCUUGGCAAGCUGGAGGGUGUCAUCAAUGCUUUCAAGAUCAUGAUGGCUGCCCACCGUGGAGAGGUCACCUGCGAAGUUGUCACUGCCAAGCCCCUGGAUGCUGGUCAGAAACAGAACUUGGAAGCUGCACUUAAGAAAUUCCUGAAGGGCAAUGAGAUUCUCCAGCUGACAGCUAAAGUUGAUCCCUCUCUUAUUGGAGGAAUGGUUGUCUCCAUUGAUGACAAAUAUGUGGACAUGAGUGUUGCCAGCAAAGUCAAGAAAUACACAGAGCUCAUCAGCACCCCUGUUUAAAUUAUGUAAACAAUAGUUGUCAAGAUAUAAACCUAGUGAAGCAUACAUUAAAUUAAAUAAAUUGGAAAUCAUU